AGUUCCGAUGACCAUGUCAAUUUGACACUUGAGAGAGUCCCAUUCAGUGCGAGACUUAAAUUUUCCUCUUGCUCGACGAUAUUGUACGCAUACCUCUCUUACGACGACGGAGAACGAUCGAGGACCGAAGGGGCUUCGUCAGUGCAGCUGCACCUUUGCGGCCCCUCGCAGAAACGCAAGUAUUGUGCUGCUAAUAUUCGCUUCAGGCUGGAAUAAUUGAGGUCGGGGUGAGACGGGGUAUGUUGCGUAAAUUUAUUAUUCCGCGACUUCGUACCACGGCUCGCCUGCGAAUAUCGAUAUUUUUAGCCCCCAGUGUUUACGUACGAGAAACGUAAGCUCUCUCCCAGUGGCGCUCGCGGCGGGAAACAUUUAAAUGGAAUUCCAGAGCGUGAAUUCUUGAGCUGUCUCUGAUGCACGUGAGUGACUUUAGAGGCAAUAUGCUUGAGCCAGACGAUGAAAAGCAGGACGUGGAGCCUACACCAUCAAGUUCAAAACAAAGCCCCCCCACAGUUCCCACAGAAUUGACUGGAAAUCAUAACACAAUAUCAAAUUUGCGGCGCAAGAGUGAUGAUCAGCAUUCUGAUGCUGAGGACGCCGAGGUCGGUGCGGUCGACUUUCCAGAUAAUGGGCCGUCGCCGGACGGUUCAAGCAGCGACGACGACGAUUCUGAAGAGCAGGACCCAAACGCCGUCAGGGUGGAGGGCACUUACGACCCUGCAGAGUUUGCGCAUCUGAGUGUGCCAGCCGAAGUUAAGGAACUGUUCAACCACAUCACUCGGUACACACCUCAGAUUACCGAGAUCGCGUUUCGACUGCGUCCUUUCAUUCCCGACUUCAUACCCGCCAUCGGAGACAUCGACGCGUUUCUGAAGGUGCCUCGCUGCGACAACGUUGAGGACAAGGCGGGUCUCGUCUUUCUGGACGAGCCGGGAGGGAAACAAAGUGACCCUGCGGUCCUCAACCUCCAACUUCGGGCAGUAGCAAAGCAAGGCACAACAAAGGAAGCGGUGGUCAAGAGAUUAGAAAACGCAGAACAAAAUAUGAGAGCUGUGGACAAGUGGAUAAGAGAUAUUCAAGAAUUGCACAGAAAUCAUCCACCUCCUUCAAUAAACUACACUAGACUGAUGCCAGAUGUUGACUCUUUGAUGCAAGAAUGGCCUCCAGAAGUAGAAAUGAUUCUACAGGAGCAAGGAUUGCCACCACCAGAUUUGGAUUGCAGCUUGGAGAAUUACAUAGAUUUAAUUUGUGGAAUUCUGGACAUCCCAGUGUACGAAUCUCGAGUGGAGUCGCUGCACGUUCUAUUCUCCGUCUUUUUGGCGGUGAAGCAGUCAAAGUACGAUCCAACAAUGUGAACAGCAAAAGUGGAAUGAAAAGUACACCCAAUACGAGAAUAAAAAGAACA